UGGAUGGACUACUACAAUGUGUGUGAAAGAGAGAAAGCCCUGCUUUUGGCUUUAGAGAACACAGUUAGCUCAGACAUUCCAAUGGUGUGACACAGAAAACCUCCCUUUAUCUGCUUAUCGGUGUGCAGUGGCGCUAACUAUUGUCUCCAUUCAAAGCGUCUGUCGGGAAAAGCCCACUUCGUUGCAAAUACUGAAUGAAAACUUUGAAAAUUAAUUUGAUGGUCCUUCGAAACGUGGAAAUUGAAAAUACGAAGAGCGCUCAUGGAAACAUGACAGAUCUCGACGCUAAAUUGCAAACAUAGUCGGCUUUGCAUUGACAGCGCGAGCUGCACUGCAAACGGGAGGAGAAGCGUGGGCUUGCGGAAAACGGCUUCAACACGCCUUUUCCCGUAGCGGCUCAGUCUGGUGCAAGGCCUGGGCGGAGUUGCGUCCGUGAGAUCCCAAGAGGUCGGGCAUGUCAACAGGAUCGAGGAGUGGCGAGACUGGGCUCCACUGACCCUGCAUCACAACGCCCCCCGCCCCCACCAGGCCCCGUGAAAUGCUCAAUGCGCAGUACUGACAUGUGACCGGCCCAUCUACGGGGGGUUUACUCAGGAAAUUCUUCCCUCGCUGAGGAUUUCUCUCACUCGCCUGGUUUUCACAGCUGGAGGGGCUUUUCUGCCUGUUUGUGACCACCACUCCCAGUAUGCCCGUUACGCACAUGCCCAACAGGAACCCAACACCGUUCUGACCGUGGGGCUUCACACUGUUAGCCGGAUACUCACUCGCUCUAAAUGCUCUGUGAUAUGAGUGUGCGUGAGGGCCCGAGGACUCCCUCCCUGUGUGUCUCCAUGCCUCCUGACGACCCGGGCUCCCCUGUCAUUGGACCCCCAGGACGGGGGAGGGUCGCAUCAGCUCUGCCGGCCAGGACCAGAAAUAACCCAGGCACCCCGGACUUCAGCCUGUCUGACAGUGUCGAACCAGAGGGGGAACUGCAGGAGUCACCCCCUCCUUCCCCGGCCGACCCGGAGCGACAGGCCACCUCAGCGGCCAUUGGCGACGCUUCAGCGAUGUCCAGCGACCUGGGAUCGGCCGUCCACAUUGACAGCCCGGGCUGCAUCGAGGAGGGCGCGGGGAAACAGCAAUCAUGUGACCCGGUGGAAACACGGCGAGUCUUCCAGGAGGAGACGGACGGGUCUGGGGGGAAGCAGCCUCCUCUGGGAGAGGGUGUGGAGGAGGCAGACAGGCCUUGGGAGGAGCAGCCUCCUCUGGGAGAGGACAUCCCUCCGCCACCCCGCGUGACUCCAGGAGCGAGUGCCUCUGAGCGGGACUCCCGUGUCGGUGCUCAGAAGUGCAGGCUCUUAGGCUGCCAGUUGAGCAUGAGGAGAGGCAGCCUGCCCGAGACCUCCCUGCCCCUGGCCUCGCGGGGGGACAAGGGCACUGGGUGCGCCCGGUGUGUGAAGGACGGGUACUCCAGCUUGGAGAGGGCCUCCCGGAGGAGCCGGGCCAGGACCUCCGUCCCGGGCUGCUGCCGGUGUUCCUCCCAGGCUGCCCCGCUCCUAAAACCCAGCCCGCAAACGGGUCAGAAGAACGGCCUGUCGGAGUUUGUGCGCAACAAGAAAGAGCGCUCCACUGUGCUGGUACGCAGGUACUUCAAAAACAACCGCGAGGUGAAGAAGUCUGUGUGCACGGGCACCAGAGCCAUCGUGAGAACGCUGCCCUCGGGUCAGAUCGGAGAGCGGGGCUGGCUGGCUGUUUGCAGAAAACCCUCCCAUGCGUGCGAGAGGCGCAUCAGUCCAGCCAGCGGACGCAAUGCGCUGUUUCAGACCGCCAGCCUGCCAGCCUGCAGAUAUCUCCGCCGUCUCGAGGUCACACGUCCAGAGGUCCACUAUGCGCUGACAGUUGAAGAGGACCUGCUGCACUCCUCCAGGAAGCUCCUGGCCUCCGUCACAUCCGCCUGGCGCCUAACGUGUUUCUGGGACGCGGGACCAUGCGUGUGCGAGAGGCCGACUAGCCUGCGCGCCUCCCUGCCCAGAAGCGCCAUCUCCGCCCUCAUCACCGGGGCCCUGCUGGAGGUCACCGCCACUGUCGGUGCCCGGAGCGGACUGCCCGGCCUCGUCGUGGGAUCGGCCGGCAGAGCCAUGCUCAAAGAACGCCAGCUGUGCGGAGCGGUGGCGGCCUCCAACGUCAUGCCCGUCAGCGUGGCGGGCAUCAGCAAGGAGCUGGCGGACCUGCAGCACCUGGUGCAGUUCCCCGAGGAGAUCGCCAGCAUCCUGACGGAGCAGGAGCAGCAGCUGUACCAGCGCGUGUUCCCCCUGGACUACCUCUGCUUCCUCACGCGCGACCUGGGCGCCCCCGAGUGCCACAGACGCCACCCGCACCUGAAGGCCUCGCUGUCCGCCCCCACCAUGUCCACCCAGAGCAGCCGGCGCAACGGCGUGGAGGACCUGGUCACUCGCUUCAACGAGGUGAGUUCCUGGGUUACCUGGCUCAUCCUGACGGCUGGCUCCAUGGAAGAAAAGCGUGAGGUCUUCUCCUACCUGGUCCACGUGGCCAAGUGCUGCUGGAACAUGGGCAACUACAACGCCGUGAUGGAGUUCCUGGCAGGUCUCAGGUCCCGUAAAGUGCUGAAGAUGUGGCAGUUCAUGGACCAGUCGGACAUUGAGACCAUGCGCAACCUGAAGGACGCCAUGGCGCAGCACGAGUCCUCCUCCGAAUACAGGAAGAUGGUGAACCGCGCCCUCAACAUCCCCGGCUGCAAGGUGGUGCCCUUCUGCGGGGUCUUCCUGAAGGAGCUCAGCGACGCCUUGGACGGGGCGGCCAGCCUCAUCAGCCUCCGCCCCAAAUUCGACUCCCAGGAGGACUCCAUCGAGUUUGUCACAGACUACAACGGCCAGGACAACUUCCUGCAGAGGGCAGGGAAGGACGGCCUCAACAACCCUGAGAAGGAGGCCACCGUCAGCAACAUCCUCCAGACCAUCCGCAGCUGCAACCGCAGCCUGGAGUCGGAGGAGGGUGAGGACAGCGGGCGCGAGGGCACCUCCUCUCGCAAGAACUCCUUCAAAGACAGGACCAAGAACCAGUUCAUAGUGGGGGACCUCUCGGACUCGGAUGGAGAUUUGUCAGAGCAGGCCAAGGAGGUGGAGUUCCAGGGGGUGGAGGAGACCCAGAAGGCCUUCACCCAUGGGACGGAGCUCAUUCCCUGGUACGUGCUCUCCAUCCAGCCCGAUGUCCACCAGUUUCUCCUGCAAGGUGCCACAGUCAUCCACUACGACCAGGAGACCCACCUGACGGCCCGCUGCUUCCUGCGACUGCAGCCCGACAACUGCUUUCUUACCUGGGCCCGUCCCCAGAGCAGCGGCCUCAGCAACUGCAAGCCCCAGUACUUCGGACAGGUGGUGCUCAACGGCCUGACCGAGGGCUUUUUGGACAUUUCCAUUGUGAAGGCUGUCUUCAUGGGCCACCAGGCGGUGGAUAUCCACGCCGUGUGUCUGCAGAACAAGCUGUGCAACAUGACCCCGGAGGAGAACGGCAUCACCCUGCUCUAUGGCCUCAACACAACCGACAACAAGCUCCUCCAUUUUGUGGCUCCCAAGUUCACGGCCCGGAUGCUGUACGAUGGGCUGAAAGAGCUGGUCAGCGCUGUGAGGAAGAUGAAGAGGUUUCCUGACCAGAGGCUACAGUGGCUGAGGAGACAGUACAUCAGCCUCUAUCAGGAGGACUGCAGGUACGAGGGCCCGACGCUAGCCCAGGCCAUAGAGCUGUUUGGAGGCCGUCGCUGGAACACAGGUGCGUCAGGCACGGAGAAGCCCAGCGCGCAGAAGAACAGCCCCCUGGGAAUUAACACCAGCAAGAAAAAGAAGAAGGCCCUCAUGAGGGGCGACAGCGGGGAUGCCACGGACGAUGAAAUGGUGUCGCGGAAGACCCGGAGCUGUAAGGAGUCCUUGGGCCGGACCGGGUCGGACCCCACAGACACCGUGGAUCAGGAGGAGCAUGAAGAUGGCAGUGCCCUGGGCCUCCCCGGACCUCUGUCCCUGUCGGCCAGUAAAGCCCAGUCCCCCAGUGGGUCCUCGUCCUCCUCCUCCAGCAUGUGCUCCACCUCCACCCCCGCCCGGCCGCUCUCCUCCCCCGUCCUCCCCUCCAGCUCCAAACCUCAGACAGGGGCUUGGAGCAGUCGUAGCUGGCACGGCCGGGGGAAGGGCUGUCUCCGCGGCUUUCAGAACUUCAUGAUUUCCGACAGUAUCAUGAGCUUCACAGAGUUUGUGGAGCUCUUCAAAUCCUUCAGCAUCCGAAGCCGGAAGGACCUUAAAGAUUUGUUUGAUGCUUACGCCGUGCCCUGUAGCCGCUCUGCCCCAGAAUCUGCCCCGCUCUACACAAACCUGAGGAUUGAUGACAAGAUCACCGGGCUGCAGCCUGACCUCGACCUUCUGACGCGCAAUGGCUCCGACAUGGGCCUCUUCAUCCGGACCAAGCAGCAGAUGUCAGACAACCAGAAGCAGAUCUCGGACGCCAUCGCAGCAGCCAGCAUCGUGACCAACGGCACGGGCGUGGAGAGCGCCUCCCUGGGGGUUCUGGGCAUGGACAUCCUGCAGCUCAAUGACUUCCUGGUCAACUGCCAGGCGGAGCACCGCACCUAUGAUGAAAUCCUCAGCAUCAUCCAGAAAUUUGAGCCAUCUGUGAGCAUGCGCCAGAUGGGCUGGAUGUCUUUUGAGGGUUUUGCAAGGUUUCUGAUGGACAAGGACAACUUUGCGUCCAAAAGCGAGGAGUCUCAGGUGGAUGAAGAAGACCUCCAGUACCCAAUGUCCUACUACUACAUCUCCUCCUCCCACAACACGUACCUCACGGGUCACCAGCUGAAGGGAGAGUCCUCUGUGGAGCUCUACAGCCAGGUGCUGCUUCUGGGCUGCAGGAGUGUGGAGCUGGACUGCUGGGACGGAGACGACGGGAUGCCCAUUAUUUACCACGGUCACACCCUGACUACCAAGAUCCCCUUCAAGGACGUUGUGGAGGCGGUAAACCGGACAGCAUUCGUUAAUUCCGACAUGCCCGUCAUUCUGUCCAUCGAAAACCACUGCUCCCUGCCCCAGCAACGGAAAAUGGCUGAAAUCUUCAAGACGGUGUUUGGGGACAAGCUGGUGACGAAGUUCCUGUUCGAGAGCGAUUUCUCCGAUGACCCCCUGCUCCCCUCCCCUCUGCAGCUGAGGGGCAAGAUCCUCUUAAAGAACAAGAAGCUGAAAGCGCACCAGGCCCCCGUGGACAUUCUGAAGCAGAAGGCCCACCAGCUGGCCCACAUGCAGGCCCAGGCUAGCAACGGCACCACAGCCAGCAACUCCCCUGGCAACAAUGAGGAUGAGGAGGAGGAGGAAGAUGAGUAUGACUAUGACUACGAGUCCCUUUCGGAUGCUGACGUCCUCACUGCCAAUACUGCCUCUUGUGGACAGGAAGAUAAUAUCUUGGACGAUCGGCCAGAAGGGAAGUCAUCCAGUGACAAACUCCAGUACGAGUCCAAUGAUGAAAUGCCCAAGAGGAUGAAGAAAGCGGACAGUUCGAUUCAGAGCAAAGGGAAGAUUUUUGACAUGGAGCUGGGGGAAGAGUUUUAUCUUCCGCAGAACAAGAAGGAGAGCCGGCAGAUAGCUCAGGAACUCUCUGAUUUGAUCAUUUACUGCCAAGCUGUCAAGUUCCCAGGCCUUUCCACCCUGACUCCAUCGGGCUCUGGCAGAGGGAAAGAUCGUAAGAGCAGGAAGUCCAUCUUUGGCACCAAUCCUGGUAAAAGCAGCCCCGGGGAGGCUGUGACACUGGUCCGUGCCCCAGGGAAAGGUUCGUUGGAGGGCAUGCGGCUGAGCUGGGAGGAGCAGACGUCGCCCCUCCUCAGCACCAGCGCCUCCCUGAGCGCCAUCAUCCGCACCCCGCGCUGCUACCACAUCUCCUCGGUCAACGAGAACGCCGCCAAGCGUCUCUGCAGGCGCUACUCGCAGAAGCUGAUCCAGCACACCACCGGCCAGCUGCUCCGCACCUACCCCGCCGCCACACGCAUCGACUCCGCCAACCCCAACCCGCUCACCUUCUGGCUGCACGGCAUCCAGCUGGUGGCGCUCAACUACCAGACUGACGACUUGCCCAUGCAGCUGAACACGGCCGUGUUCGAGGCCAACGGGGGCUGCGGCUACGUGCUGAAACCGCCCGUGCUGUGGGAGAGGAGCUGCCCCCUCUACCAGAACUUCUGCCCCCUGGAGCGCGACGUGGAGAGCAUGAGCCCCGCGCUCUUCUCCCUCACGAUCGUUUCGGGCCAGAACGUGUGUCCCGGCAGCACUGCGGGCAGCCCGUGCGUGGAGGUGGAUGUUCUGGGCAUGCCGGUGGACAGCUGCCACUUCCGCAGCAAGCCCAUCCACCGCAACACGCUCAACCCCAUGUGGAGCGAGCACUUCCAGUUCCAGGUGUACUUCCAGGACAUGGCCUUCCUGCGCCUGGCCGUGGUGGAGAACAACAGCUCGCAGGUCACCGCCCAGAGGAUCCUCCCUCUCCGAGCCCUCAAAGCAGGCUACAGACACUUAGGGCUGAGAAACCAGCAUAAUGAGGCCCUGGAGGUUUCCAGCCUGUUCAUAUACAGCCGGAGGAUAGAGGAAAGUCCUUCCGGAAACUCGAUACCUGCGUCUGUGCUGUUCAGCACGGAGGACCGGCAGGCUGCGGCUCAGUACAAGGUGACAGUGCACGGAGUCCCAGGCCCUGAGCCCUUCACUGUGGUGUGUGUGAGUGAGAAGACCACUGCCAGGCAGCUGCUGACCACUUUGCUCCCCUCCUCCCCAGUGUCAGACUACUUCCUCUCGGAGGAGAAGCUGACCCUGUCAAAAGACAAGAGCGACACCAAGAAGCUGCCCCAACAGCGCCCCCUAGCGCCAGAGGAGGAGAUCCUCACAGUGGUCAGCAGCUGGAUCCCGGACGAGGGCUACGUGGGAAGGAUUUGUCUGAAAACCAAAGAGGAGAACCUGAAUGAAAAGAACUCUGUGUGCGAGGGGGUGGAGGAGGUGACCACCAGCACGGAGGAUGACAGCUUCUUCGUCCAGGUGCACGACGUCUCUCCCGAGCAGCCUCACACGGUCAUCAAAGCCCCGCGCUACAGCACCGCUCAGGAUAUCAUCCAGCAGACUCUGAGCAAGGCCAAGUACUCCUGCAGCAUCCUGAGCAACCCAAACCCCGGUGACUACGUCCUCAUGGAGGAGCUGGCCAAGGAGCCCACCAACAGGAAGGCCUCCACGGGCAAACCGCUCCAGCGCGUCCUGUUCGACCACGAGUGCGUGUUCCAGGCCCAGAGCAAGUGGAAAGGAGCGGGGAAGUUCAUCCUCAAGCUCAAAGAGCAAGUCCAGACGGCGCGCGAGGACAAGCGGAAGGGCAUCUCCUUCGCCAGCGAGCUGAAGAAGCUGACGGGCCGCAGCCGCAGUGUGUCGGGCGGGGCUCAGCAGCCCUCCGCCGAGAGCGCGCACAGACGGUUUCCUAAUGGACUCAGAGCCUGGAUGACAGAAGGCAAGAUGGAGGCAGAGAGACUCCUGGGUGGAGACCCCACCCGACACAGACCCCGGCCCCCAGGCACUGCCUCGUCCUUCUGGUCCUUCCCCCUGCUGCGAAACUGGAAACUGCCCAAAUGAGCCUCGCUUCCAGACACACGCUGAACAUCACCCGAGAAACAGGCUUAUGGAGGCUCGUCCCCCUUCCCCCGCCCCCCCACCCUUGGCCUGAGUCUCCCAGCAGUGGGACAGGACGUCCCCGCCUGGGUCCUGCUCCAGUGAACGAGGCAGUGGAGCUCACCUAGCCUGCGAUGAUUGCGUCCCUCCCAGGCGAGGUGCAUUGUCGGGACAGCCUGGCCGUUUCGUGUGCUCAGCCCGGCUGAGUGUUUGCUUUAGUCGGUCAGGCUCGUUCAGAGGAGGAGUUUCUGUCGUUUUUCAGGAGGAAGCGCUCUGUCCAUCUCCGCUCCCUCCCGUCGGUAACGAGGACGUUGAGAAGGCGGUCGACAAGCUGGCUUGUUGAAUCCCCUUCGUUUGUGUCCCGUUUUUAAAGAGUACUGUACAUGAUAAAUGUUUGUGUUUUUCUUUGUUAAAUUCUUAACAUUUGCACUUUGGCAUUUGGGUACUGAAAGGACAGUUCUGUUGCUCUAAUAAUUGCUUGGGUUUCGUUCUUUAAGCUACCAGUGUUACAGCUUUUGCUCUAAAUGUUAAUAUUGAUUUCCACAGAAUUGAUUUUUGCUUGGUUUGAUGGUGUGCUUCGUGAAGCAUUUACGAGUGGGGCAGAGAUUGAUGACGGUACCAAUUCCCAGGUGUCAAUAUUCACAUUAAUCUCUCUCUCAGUUAAUGCAGCUCAUAAAUCAUUCACUGUGAAAAUAUAAGUUCUGUCUCCUCAUCAGAAUAAUGGUCAUUAUCCCCCCCCCUCUGUAAUAUGGGAUAACGGCACAGUUAUUCUACCUGUACCAGCACAGGAAGUGUUAUAGCUGACUAUUCAUGUAGUCCUCUUUGUCACUCACCCACACCUCAGAGACUAAUCUACACACUGCAGGCCACAUAGUACACCACAGGAGAGCUAGAUGAUUGGAGGAGAUGCUUAUCUCUACCUGAUAACAACUUGGAGGCCCAAAGAUGCAAGCUGGCAUUUGUAGAGCGGCAACUGGAGGAGCCCUGCCCAAUUCAGACUACUGCAGAGGAAGACGUCUGUAGUGUCCAGUUGAGUGCAGACUCAUGGUAAUAGCUGGAUGAUGAUGCAGCUCACACGCGUUCUCCAGGCCAGUUGUGUCUAAGCUAUAGGGUUAGGUAUAACUCUGAGCCACACAGCUCAGAUAGUAUAUAGUAUACAUAUAGCAUAGCUCUGCGUGAUUAUGAGCCAUUAUGGGCAUAGCUGUUCAUUUUUUUUACUUUAUAUUUAUUUUUGUAUUAAACAAUAAUAAUUAUAUCAAAGACGAGGACAGCUGAUGAAAGCCUGUUGGGGCUCAUCUUUCUUAUUGAGACAUAGUGGCAUCCCCAUGUUUUAAUUGAUAUUAUUACUGCCUUUAAUAACCACUGAGGAGUGAUAACAGUAUGAGCGUGGCACGCAGUAAUGCAUUUCAGUUAUUUUGUAGUUAUUGGCUGAAUAUUUCAAAGAUUAAUGAGAUAAGUGAAUUCAAGACUUAGACUUCCUUUAGGAUAUUUAUUUUAGCAGCCUGUUCAUGAUCUCUUAAGUGCAUUUUAUUUAGGAAAACUGCAUUUUUUUAUAAAUGUAUUAUUUUAUAGUCGGUUUGUUUUUUCUUGUUCUGUUGACAGGAAAUUGACCCAUAAAUAGGCUUCUGCUCUUUUUCUUUGUUGUUACUAUUGUGAAGUGCAAUUUUAAUUGCUUUCAUUUAUGUCAUUUAAUAAUCUUUCCAUACUCAGAACUCUGGUCUUCUCCUGUUCAUGACAGUUGGAGUUCUAGUCACGGAGGACGACAGGUUUUAUGUGUGUAUUUUUUCACUUGUUAAAAUUCCGUUUUUUGGUUGGAGCUGUUAUUUAGAUGAAGUGGUGGUGGUGUGUGUUGGUUGCUAAUGUAUCUCCCAGGCCUGAAGAACUCUUUAGGGCCAGCACUUAACCAUAGAGUUACACACAUGACACUCCUGGUCAGUGUUUUUGUAUACAUUCAUUUGUUCAUGCCUUGCCUCGUGUUUAAGUGCGUGAUUAUCUGCAAUGCAGGUUGUUUUUAUUUCCCCUUUAUUGCAAAUUAGGCGUCAGUUUUAUUGCCAUGCACUUGUGCCUAAUUCUGGUACGAUUCACUUGAUUAAAUGUUUUUGUGGCAUUAUAUGAUUUAUUAAGUUCAGUUACAUUCUAACAAACUUGAGGAAAUUGUGGGUUAUAAUUACACUAGUAGUACACACUACAACAGUUCUUAUAUCCAUUGUUUGGUAGUUUGCUCCUCCGGUUAGUUCUAAAAAUGUCCCAAGUCUGAUUUUUUAAAUGUGCAUGUUCACACAUUAUUUGUGCCCAAAUCGUACCAUUUUGAUCCUUUAAGCUGUUGUGUUUUAGUUUGUUAGUGGUUUACCUGUUUUCAUUGUAAUAAAAAAUGUAAACCUCAGCUGUAAUUUUACAGUUACUGUUCGGUUCUCUCCCAAGUAGAAGGUUUUCUUCAUAUAUUUUGAUGCCAUUUUAAUUUAUUCAGUGUUGUAGCCCUGGCUGGCUAUGUACCCAAGAGUGAGAUGUGUAUAUAACUUUUUAAAAUGUAUAACUGUAGAAAAACUAUUUAAAAUUAAUGAAUGUAUUUAAUUUAUUUUUGGGGUGAAUCUCUUCAGCCCCCUGCUUAUCAGUCUUUAACAGUGCACAUGUACAAAAUUCAUGAGCAUCCUCAUGAACUCCUGUGUCGCAGUAGAUUGUCAUUUUAUUGGUAAUAUUAUAGCGAAACCUUUUUUUUGUUUUUUUUUAUUCAUAAUUCUUGUUUUAGUGCCAAUAUAUAGCCUUUUUUUAACGUUUAGAUUUAGAAUUGCAUUUCACCAUUAGGUUUUUUGUAAGAGGUGCAUUGGUUUUAUUUUGCAUACAUGCAGCACAUGUACGAGGAAAGAAGAAAGUCCACCUGGUAACUUAACUCUUUGAGCCUUUACCACUUAUUUCUUUAUAUGGACCAUUAACAUGUCGAAUUUAUGUGCUCAUGUGACAGUCAUCUGACUACUUUCUCUGUUGACUUGAAAUAUAUGAAUGUAUUGUACCCCAUUACAGAAAUAAAUAGAUAUCAGUA